AUGGCCGAGAUUUUAGCGGAGAUUAUGAGUCGGUCAGACUCGGCAACUACGAAUGAAAUCGCCUCAGAAGAGGAGGACCUGUUCGCUGGUGUGACAGAUGUAGUGCGCCACAUAAAAACCAAAGGCCACCAAGAAAAGCAACGGGCUCUCCAUUCCUCAGCCACAAUAUCACAAUAUGCAAUGCCCAUUCCCUCUGUUGGGGGCAUGUCUGCACAAGAUGCUAAGACAAGAAGGGCUGAGGUCAAAAUGACAGCUGGGUUGGUAGUUCACAACGUCCCCCUAGCCUUUGCGGACCACCUAGGGCCUCUCCUAAAAGAAUGUUUCGGAGAUUCGAAGACAGCACAGGAGUACAGGUGUGCCAGGACAAAGUCAUCCUGCAUUACCAAUGAAGCACUAGCGCCAUAUUUCACACAGGAGCUUGUGAAGGAGAUGAAAAAAGCCCCCUAUACCCUUGUUACAGAUGGGUCAAAUGACACUGGAGUGGCAAAGAUGAACCCGCUUACUGUCCGGGUCUUCAUGGGCAGCAAAGUUGUCCACCAGUUCUUGAAUAUGUGCACAACAACUGGGACGAGAUGUGGGACAGCAAGUGAGAUCUUCACCAAAAUGAACACCACCUUAGAGGAGCAUGGCAUCCCGUGGGAGAACUGCAUUGGUCUCUCAGUCGACAAUGCAGCUGUGAACAUUGGAUCACGUAAUUCCAUUGCCUCUAGGGUCCUCCAGAAGCAUCCCAACACCUAUAUUCAUGGUUGUCCUUGUCAUGUGGCACAUAACACCGCCAAAGCUGCAGGAGUGGGAUUUUUUAAAGUGUCCCAUUUUGAUUUGGAGGACAUGGUAGUGGACAUCGGUUACUGGUUCAAGGGUAGCACAAAUCGGAAAGGAUACCUGACAGAGUUUUGUGAGCUCCAUGAAGCGGAGUACAUGGAGGUCCUCCUCCAUGUCUCGGUUCGUUGGCUAAGCCUUGAACGUUGUGUGACCAGGAUCCUGAGGCUUUAUGAACCUCUGGCCAGCUACUUCAAAUCUGCUGAUGAAAAUCAGGCCAGGUUCAAGAGGCUUGUGCAGACGUUCACUGACCCCAUGACAGAAGUGUACCUGCUGUUCUUUCAAGCCACCGUACCAACUUUCACUACUUUCAACUUGCUUCUUCAAAGAGAGCGGCCAUCAAUAUUUAUGUUAUAUGAUGAGAUGGUGAAAUUUGUACGCAAGCUUUGUUCAAAGUUCAUUGUUCCAGCAGCUCUGCAGGGCCUUGAGGAGCCUGGUGAUAUUGCCUUUAAAGAGAAGGCAAACCAUUUACCAGGAAGAAAGUUGAACAUUGGGUUCACAACCAGGGCUAAACUCAACAAACUACUUGACAAGGGUGACAUCACACCACAGCAGGUGGAUUCAUUCCACAAAGCUGUGUUGUGUUUCCUGACAAGUGCUGUGGACUAUGCACUAAAGAAGCUGCCACUGAAAGAGCCACUGCUCAAACAUUCAACAUUUGUAGAUGUACGGCAGAGGGCUGAAAGUGACAUCGGAGAUGUCCUGUACUUUGUUGAAAGGUUUCCCCAUCUCCUCCCAUACCAUGGUCCAGAGGAGCAUGACCUUCUGGGUGAGGAGUUUCUAAGUUAUCAGACCAUGCCAAUGAUAUCCCUGCAGGACGAAACUGAAAUGGAAAGCUUCUGGGCUGAGAUGGCAACCCGGAAACAUAAGGUGACAGGAGCCAACGAAUUUGAGAGGCUUGCUGCCGUCGCCAAGCUGGUCCUGGUGUUGCCCCAUUCCAACGCAGACGCUGAGAGGGUAUUUUCAGUUGUGGGACUGAACAAAACCAAUAUCAGAAACAGCCUAGCAUUGGAUGGCAUAAAGAUGGCCGACCUGGAGCCCUGUUUCAAAUGGGAGCCCCCCUCAGAUCUCAUCAAGGCCUCCAAGAAGGCCACAGGCCAGUAUAACCGUGCCCACAGAUCAUAG